AAAGUCUAACCGCAAUAUCUUAAUUAUUUUGCAUGUUUGAAAAUAUUACAAAUUUUAAUUUCAAAUAUUUAGCCAUAAGAUCCAAAAUGGGCCGUAGAGGCAGCCAUGGCUUGAAUCUAGACCGUUGAAGCUGAAUCAUCGAACGGCUACGAUUAAUACCAAGUCAAAUUCGUUGACUUGAAAUUAGAAAGUUCCCGUUCACUCACGUCGUUGCCUGAGCUUGAAAAUCUACCGACAAUGCAAAUAAUGCACAAACCACAGAGAAACAAACUCCAUUACAAUGGAAGCCACCGUCUUCCUCACCUUAAUUCUUUUGAUUUCCAUUUCUCCAGCUUCUGCAGAUCAAAGCUUCAUCUUUAAUGGCUUCAAUCCCCGUGAUCUCAUCCUCGAUGGCGUCGCCGAAGUAACCUCCGAUCGUCUUUUGAGACUCACCAACGACUACGACCAACAAAUCGGCCACGCCUUUUACCCCAAUCCCAUCUCCUUCAAAACCUCAUCAAACAAUUCCUCACUUUCCUCCUUCUCUGCAACUUUCGUCUUUGCUAUAAUAUCAGAAUAUGACGAUCUCGGCGGCCAUGGAAUCGCCUUCGUCGUUUCUCCGACUAGAGGUCUCCCCGGAGCUCGGCCAAGCGAAAGCCUCGGUCUAUUCAACGAGUCCAACAACGGGAAAGAAACGAAUCACAUCUUUGCCGUUGAACUCGACACGAUUCAGAAUCUCGAUCUUAAAGACAUCAACAAGAACCACAUCGGAAUCAAUAUAAACGGACUAAUGUCAGAACAAGCGGAGCGAGCAGGGUAUUGGGUCGGGGGCGAAUUUAGAAAUUUGACGUUAAUCAGUGGCGAACGGAUGCAAGUUUGGGUCGAAUACGAUGGACUCGAAAAGCAAAUUAACGUUACCUUGGCUCCAAUUGAAAUCAGGGAUAAACCCAAAAUCCCUCUCUUAUCUUACCGGCGAGACUUAUCGUCCGUCAUCAACGACAUCAUGUACAUCGGAUUCUCAUCCUCAACAGGGUCCAUUACGACGUCGCAUUACGUUUUAGCUUGGAGUUUCAACGUCGAUGGCGAAGCACAGAGGAUUACUCUGUCUCAACUCCCCAAGCUUCCACCACGUCCAAGAAAAAAACAGAGGCGAUCCAAAUUCUUAACAAUCGGUUUACCGUUGAUUUGCGUUUCAUUAGCUUUAAUGACAGUUUUGGGGGUGAUUUAUUUCAUAUACCGGAGACGGAAAUUCGCUGAGAUUCUAGAGGAUUGGGAGCUGGAAUACGGACCACAAAGAUUCAAAUACAAGGAUUUAUACAGAGCAACAAAGGGAUUCAGAGAAAAAGAAUUUCUGGGAUUCGGUGGAUUCGGUAGAGUAUACAAAGGGGUAUUACCAAAUUCGAAAAUCGAAGUAGCAGUGAAGAGAAUCUCUCACGAAUCAAGACAGGGAAUGAAGGAAUUCGUGGCGGAGAUAGUGAGUGUAGGGAGACUCCGGCACCGGAACCUGGUGGCGCUGUUGGGGUAUUGCCGGAGGAAAGGUGAGCUGUUUUUGGUGUAUGAUUAUAUGAGAAAUGGAAGCUUGGAUGCGUAUUUACAUGAGUGGCCGGAGAUAACGAUAAAUUGGGAACAGAGGUUUGAGAUAAUAAAAGGAGUGGCGUCGGGAUUGUUUUAUCUUCAUGAACAGUGUGAGAAAGUGGUGAUUCAUAGAGAUGUGAAAGCGAGUAAUGUGUUGCUUGAUGAUGAGUUCAAUGGAAGAUUGGGGGAUUUUGGUUUGGCUAAAAUGUAUGAUCGUGGUGCUGAUCCUCGAACCACUCAUGUCGUUGGAACUCUUGGGUAUCUAGCGCCAGAGCACAUAAGAACAGGGAGGGCCACAACAAGAACAGACGUUUACGCAUUCGGGGCUUUUCUUCUUGAAGUAGCCUGCGGAAGAAGGCCUAUUCAUCCUCAAGAAGACUCCGACGAUUUCAUUUUAAUGGAUUGGGUUCUAUCUUCUUGGUCCAACGGCAACAUUCUCCGGACUGUCGAUCCCAAAUUGGGUGGCAAUUUCGAACCUUCACAGCUCGAAUUGGUUCUCAAACUCGGGUUGCUCUGUUCCCACUCCUCCCCUGCCGUUCGUCCCACCAUGUACCAGGUUCUGCAGUAUUUGCAGGCCGAUGCGCCGCUGCCGGACCUUGCCUCCCUCCGAUGGCGCCUUUCCGGAAGUGGGUUUUUCAAUUUGAGGCCUCGCGAUGGCGAGGGCGAUGGGUUGGAUGAUUUUACGGUGUCUUAUCCGUUAUCUACGGAAAGGAAUGUGACGAGUUCUUCUUCGGUUGCGGAGUCUAUUCUGUCCGAAGGCCGCUGAUUUUGAAGAUGAUGACGACGACCUCUAAUUUUGUGAAUAAUUAAUUAUUAAUUGAAUCUUAAUUCUUACCUAUGAUUUUUUAAGAAAAUAUUAAACAAUUUCAAGAUUUUGUUUUAAAUUGUUGAAAAUAAGUUCCAUAUGUUGACAUA